CGCCGACCGGAUGGCGAGCCCGCGCCUCCUCUUCCUCCGUAGGAUCCUCUACGCCGCCGCCGCCUGCUGCGCCUGUCUCCCCGCCCCCGUCUCCGCCAUCCGGAAGGACAUUGGUUUGGCUGAACCCAUUCUGUGCAGAAGAACCGUUCAGGGGCGGCAUUUGAUAUCAGAUGAUAAUGGUUAUGUAUGUUCUGCCCUUUCAGUCGAUCCAUGGUCUCGCUGCUGCCCAAGAACAGGAGCACGCUUUUCCUGUCAGGGCUGCAACCAUGAUUUACAGUGCUGCAACUCUUACGAGUAUUGCGUUUCUUGCUGCUUGGAUCCUUCCAGGACCAACGAAGGAGAUGUGCAGAAGUUGAAGGUAGCUAAGCCAGUUACUGCUGGAACGUACACCGAUAUCUUCGAUUUCUGCAUGGGAAGAUGCCGCCAUAGUUCUGCAAGCGUGGUCCAUGAAAAUGCUUAUGUGAGUGAUUUCCAUCACUGCUUCAUGAUGCAGCAAAAUUCAUCUGGGUCAACUGAAUCAAACUGUGGAUCAAGAGACUGUGGUUCAAGGUUGGCUGGCAUUAAUGUCCUUUUGGGGAGGCAGGGGGAAUCGUGUAAUUCUGUGUGCGGAGCGAAAGGACAAUCAUGUGUUCCAAGCAAGCUUUCUGAGCUGAACAAAUGUGAGAUUUUGCAGAAAUAUAUGAGAUGCAAAAGUGGUUGCUUUCCCAGUCUUGGACCUGACCAACCUGCUGAAGUUGUAGAUGAAGCUCCAAGAAAUUUGAAUCCAGGAGCAUGCUUGUACAUGCAGAUGGAUGAGCGCCUAACGUGUGAUGGCUCACAUCAACAUACUCGAAGGCUCUGUCCUUGUGCAUGAAAUGGGAAAAAAUAGCGGCAGUCAUAAGAAAGGAAACAAGUGGAUAUGAUCCGCUGGAAACUGAUGGUUCUCUGUUAUGGACAACCCUUUUCUACCUGGUGGUUUCCUCAAAAUGACACGGCCAUUUCCGUACUGAUCUUUCCAAUGGCGUAUCAUGGAGAAAAGCGAAUAUUAGUUACCUGCAUCUUCCCAUGGCAUUUGCAUGCAUCAGUAGUGCCAUUGCUCCACCUCCAUCUGCAUGCCAUCCAUCACAGGAAGCAUAGCAUCCACGCUUUCGCCAUAUUUAUAUUUUAGCUUUGUCCAGUGUAGGCUGUUUAUCCUUUGCAUGUGUGGACGCAAGGAUAAGUGUGCAGAGCAAACAGCUUCUCAAACAUUUAUCUUUAUAAUAUAUCUGGUCACAAAUUUCCA